AAAAUUGCUCUCUCUCUCUCUCUCUCUCUCUCUCUCUCUUCUAGCUUCCUCUUUUCUUUGAUGUCUUAUCAACCUAACUUUCCAGAUCGUUCUUUUUCUUCUACCUUUUAAUUCUUUUGCAAGAAAUCAUCUAGAAUUUGCUUCCAUUUCUCUUGGUCUCAUAUACAUAUAGAAGUAUAUCAGAGAUAUACCAUAAGAUCAUGGGAGACUCAGCUUCAUAUAUACGCAUGGUGCACCACCUGAUCGAAGAGUGUAUCAUAUUUAACAUGAGCAAGGAAGAGUGCAUGGAAGCCCUCUCUAAGCAUGCAAAUAUCAAACCAGUCAUUACCUCCACAGUGUGGAAGGAAUUGGAGAAGGAGAACAAGGAAUUCUUCGAGGCCUACACGAAGAGGAGGGAAGAUAGAUCAGCAUCUGAAAUGGAGACAAAGCAAAGGAUUCAAAAUAUGGUUUCUGAAUCUUCCAAAAGAGAUACCCAAGACUAGUCGUAUUAUGAUAGUGAGUAUAGCUAGUGACAAACCAAGGUUGGGCCAGUGAAGGUGCCAGCUCGUUACUAUUACCGUAAUUGCAUUGGCAACGUUUUUGGUAUCGACUGUGGACCGAAAGGUAAAUAGAAUAAAGGAGAAGAAAAAAAAGAGAGACCAAAAAAAAAAAAAAAAUAGUAGCAAUCGAAGUCGAAGAAGCAGACAUCAUAAACGACGUCGUGGUUAUAUAUCUUAUUUGUUGUCAUAUUAGGUGUGUGUAACAGGUCAAACAGUGGGUUGGGAAGCGUGAGCACAGUGCGUGACCGGGGGUUGCUUGGAAUCACUACACGUGGUCUACACGUGUCGAGGCCCGGCUGUACCAUUGUUUUCGUAUGUGUUUGCGUGCCUCCAGCACUAAACUGUAAAUCUGUCAUCUUUGUUAGACACUUUUUUUUUUUUUUUUUUUUUUUUUACCAUGUUAGUAAUUUUUAUUUUUGUUUUUGUCAAAUAAAUUUGUGUACACCGAGGAUUAUUUGAAGGGUUCGAUGUCCCCAUUAUGCUCUUUUUGUUAGGUGAUUUUAGAUCCAUUUGAGAAGGUGACACUGACACCAACGGUGUUUGUUAAUUAUACCAUGAGGAAUGCGUGGCCUGCGUGGCAUUAGGGCAUGCUUAUUAAUUUUCCUCUUUGGUUUGAUUGUUUCCAUAAAAUGAGAAGAAGUAAAAACAGAGGGCAUGCUUAUUGUUUAGCCCAAAAUCAUCUCAA